GGGGUGGCGCUGGGGACGCGCCGGGGUCCCGCAGCCUCCCGGGGCCAUGAAGGUGAAGGUGAUCUCCGUGCUGGAGGACAACUACAUGUACCUGGUGAUCGAGGAGAGCACCCGGCACGCCCUGGCCGUGGACGCCGCGGUCCCCAAGCGGCUGCUGGAGAUCAUCAGGAAGGAGGACGUGGUGCUCAAGGCCAUCCUCACCACCCACCACCACUGGGACCAUGCCAGGGGCAAUGAGGAGCUGGCCCAGCUGCUGCCAGGCCUGCAGGUGUUCGGGGCUGACGAGCGCAUCGGGGCCCUCACACACAGGGUCAGCCACGGCCAGGAGCUCUCGUUUGGGACCAUCAGGGUGAGGUGUCUCUUCACGCCGUGCCACACCUCGGGCCACAUGUGCUACUUCAUGUGGGAGGACGAUUCCCCGGAUGCUCCAGCUCUUUUCUCAGGUGACACCCUGUUCGUGGGGGGCUGCGGGCAGUUCUUCGAGGGCACAGCGGAGCAGAUGUACACCAACCUCACCCAGAUCCUGGGCACCCUGCCCAAGGACACGAAAGUUUUCUGUGGCCACGAAUGCACCGUCAGAAACCUCAAAUUCGCCUUGAAGGUGGAGCCAGAGAAUGAGGUGGUGAAGGAGAAGCUGGCGUGGGCCAAGCAGAGGGAUGACGAGGACCUGCCCACGGUGCCCUCCACGCUGCAGGAGGAGUUCCUGUACAACCCCUUCCUGCGGGUCACGGAGGAGGCCGUGCAGAGGUUCACGGGCAGGACAGAGCCCGUGGAGGUGCUCAGGGCCCUGCGCUCCCACAGGGACACCUUCAAGAAGCCCAAGGAGAGGCCCAACCCCCAGGCCAUGCUGGCCUUCGACUGGGGGCUCUUUGGGCCCUUCCUGGAGAAGAAGUGACACCCCGAGGUGCCAGGGCUCCCCCUGGCUGGGCACAGCUCAGGCUGGCUCCCGGCUGGGUUUUGGGGCUGCAUUUUGUCUUUAGGCUGCUUGUGUGAGGCUGCUCUGCUCUGCUCUGCUCCCCCCUGGCUCCUGGGGUUCCUGUGCAGCUCCCGGAUCCCUUUGGGGGGAUCCCAGGCCGUGGGACCCCCUUGGGGUGCUGGCAGAGGGUCAGGACGUGGCUUGGAGCAGGGGACAGUCCUGGAAGGAGCCAGGGGUGCUCAGGACUGUGGUGCUGUGCCCAUGGAGCCCCUGCCUGCCCUGCAUCCCAGCCCAGGGCUCUGGGACUCCUGGAGCCCUCCUGACCCUGCCUGGCCCUGGCCCAGUGUCCUGGCUGAUGGACACUUGGAUCCCCCCAUGGGACACUGGGACAGGACUGGUGGCACUGGUGUCACCAGAACCCACCCGGCUCCAGCCCUGUGCUGACAAACCCAUCACAGCAGGGUUUGGGUGGGUUUUGCCCCCAUUUUCCCUAUUUUCCAGCAGGUCCCACAGGGAUCUGUGGCCGUGGCUGCCUUGGGGAGCCCUUGGUUGCUGUGGGGUGUCCGUGUGAAGCAGGGUCAGCCCCAGGAGGAUUUCCCAAGGUGGGACAGAGUUCAGGCAGCCCAGAACAAAGUGCUGCCACGCAUCCCUUUCUGCUUUUUGCCUUUUCCAAGAUAAAACCUGGGAAACACUCGGUGCCAACCCCAUGGACAUUGCCUUGCCAAGAGCCAGGGAGCAGCUGGGGCUCCCAGGCCUCCCCAGCCCUGCCUUUGUGCAAAUCCAGGGCUGUGCUUUAUUUAUUUUUGCCUGAGAAAGGAGCAGAGUUUUAUUUGCAGCUGUGGGGAGCCACUUCACACCACUGAAGUAAUUCCUUUUUUUAUUUUUGUGAAGAAAAUGAGUGUUUGAUGGCAGCUCCCAGCACUGGGACAGAGUUAUUUCAGGGAUUUUCAUGUGUGGACUGUGAAUUUCUUUGUUGCCACUGGAGUCUAGUUUGGGGCUUUUUCCUGUGCUACAAACCAAGUUGGGUUGGUUUUUUGUUUGUUUGUUUGUUUGUUUUCCCUUUUACUAAGUUAUAGUUUGUACUUCCUUUGCAUGGAAGGGAAAAGAUUUAUCCAGCUGCAAAAUGGUACCAUGGCCUGCAUUCCUCAGUUCCCAUGAAAUGCUGGAUUUUGCAUGUCCCAUUUGGGAUUUUACUUCUCCUGGGAGCAGGGAUGUCCCUGUGGGUGUGACCCAGCCCUGAGCCUGGGACAAAUUCAAUUCCACAGCCCAAACUGGGACCAAUUCCAGCUGUUCUGGUGCCAAACGGGGAGCCCAGGGUGGCCCUGUCACCCCUGUGUGUGUUGGUGACGUGGGAACCCAAGGGCAGAGCCCUGGGGGUUUCAUUCCCAGCCAGUUCAGCCUCUCUGGAUUUUUUUGCAUUUCUGGGCUGAUGUGCUGAGCCCAGCCUGGAGCCCCUGCACAGCCAAACCCCUGCAUGGCAAAGGGAAUUCUCUGCAAGCACCAAUUUGCUGCUCAGGAAGGAGAGGGGGGGUUGAUGCCUUAGAACACUGUGAGGUCAGGAAUGAUCAGCAACAGCUGAAAAAUGGAAAGCUUUUAAUUAAAAACAUGAAAAUUCA